GGCUCCAGUAUCUAUUAACGCCGUCAAAGGGACACCGUCGACGUGACCAUCAAUGGGUACGCACCAGGUUCGUCAUCAUCACCACGCGGGAGGCGGCCACGAUGGUUGCAGUCGCACUGCCGCCCCCAACAGCCGCCAUGGAGGAGAAGAAACGCACCGCGGCUAAGGUGGUGACGACGCUAUUUCCGCGCAUCCCAAAGGUGACCACGGUGCUGCUUGAUUUCUUCAUCCGGCGUGAAAGCAAAGUGGAGCUGGCCCGCGAGCCCCUGUCCCACUUCUGCCAGGAAGAAGUGGUGCUUGCCGCACAAGACAUGGUCGAGAAGCUCAACCGUCAGGUCAUCACCUUCCAGGACAUCCGUGACACGGCCGAGAACCUCAUCGGGCUGCACAACCUGACCUACAAGAAGGCGCAAUACAUCGCCAAAGAGUUGGGCGACAACAUUCGCAAGCUCAUCGUCAUAGUGGGCGAGCUGGCCACGUCACUGGAGAAAGUGUCCGACGUGCCGCCGACCGACUGGAUGGACAUUGGAGACACCAUCGUGGCCAAAACAGAGAAGGUCAACCCGGCCGAGAUCGCCCCUUUCUGGACAUUCAUCCCAAAAAUGAAAGACUUCCUCUCCAUAAAGCUGCUCGGUGCCGGAGGAUUCGGCGCCGUCUACAAAGCGGCUUACAAGCCGACAAGCCUGGUCUGCACGAUCAAGCUAGUGGCGUGCGACCGCUUCCAGAGGCACAAACAGGCCUGCAUCGACAAGGUGGUGGCCUCCGUCGUCAGGUGCCCCUUCCUGGUCAAGUACUACGCCUGCUACUGCACACGCGACGCCUACGUGACCGUGAUGGAGUAUAUAUGCGGGGCAGAUCUCAUGCGAGUCGUGGACAAAGCGGUGUACCUGCCCACCGAGGAGUGUCGUAUUGUCAUGGCGCAGCUCAUCCUCGCGCUGGAGCACAUGCACCUAAGGGGUCUGCUGCAUCGAGAUAUCAAGGUCUCCAACAUGUUGAUCAUCCCUGGUGGUCGAGUCAAGGUCAUCGACUUCGACACUAACAAGGUUUGCAUCGGCCACUUCUCGAAGCGCGUCUGCAGGGGCUACUUCUCGAAGACGGCGUUCGAGUUCCACGACGGGGAGUCCGCGGGCACCGUGCCCUACAUGGCGCCCGAGAUCCUCAAGCGGCGCCCGUACGGCCGCGCGUGCGACUGGUGGUCUGCGGGCGCCACCAUGUACAAGAUGAUGACGGGUCGGGUGCCUUUCCGCGGCGAGACCAAGGGGGAGCUGAUGGACAAGAUCACCAACCAGCCCCUCAGGUGGCCCAAGGUCGAGGAGCACCCGCACUCGGCCACGCCGGAGGCCAAGGACAUGGUCUUCAAGAUGCUCAAGAAGAACCCCGUCGAGCGCCUCGGCUCGACCACGUACGCCGAGAUCAAGGAGCACCCUUUCUUCGCGGGCUUCAACUGGAAGCGCUUGUCCAGCGCCAAAGACAUCUGCAACAUCCCCGCCAUCGGUGACUGCAUGACUCGCAAGAAGGGGGACGGCAAGCCCGAGCGACUCACCGUCAGCGCCACCAGUAACACCCGCAAGCGGAAGCUGCUCAAGGUGGAGGACAUGGUGGACGUCGAGGCCCAGACGCAGAGACCCCUGUACACCUUCUCCUCGCCCAGCUUCAAGAAGAUGAUCAACUUUGCCAAGAAGCAGGCCGGCCCCGUACAGCUCAAGGAGUCCUUCUUCAACACAAGUGGCGGCGAGUCUGAUGAACUGGACUACAAAAAAGCUUCAGACGUGGACGUUCGUGCCGGUAUCAGCGCCUACAGUGGAACCGGGGCGUCAGCGGAUAAGUCGAUCACAGCUAAGGAACGAAUGGACGUCAUUCUAUUCCGAACCAAAAGCCUCGGAAAGUACUGGAGCUUUGGCGUCAACAUAGUGGAUGUCGACGGAGAAAACAACAGGAGAUUUAUCAUGGUCGAGAAAGUGAAAAGCGGCAGCCCCGCCGAGGCGUCGCACGUGCUCGAGGGUGACGUCAUCGUGGCCGUGAACGGGCAAGACAUCGGCGAGCUGCCCAUCGCCGAGGUGCGGCGGCGGAUGCACGACGGCGGCGACCAGCUGGUGGUGACCGUGCUGUCGUCCAGCGCAUUCCGGCUGCUCGAGUCCCGGCGCGACUGGGCCCACAUCCUCCGGGCGGCCGGCCAGGACACCCUGCAGCUGCGAGCCAUCAAGACCGCGUGCGGGGGCAGCGGUAACUACGGCUUCAAGACCGUCGAGGCCCAGGCGUGGAACGAGCAGAGGAAGGCGCUCGUGCACUGCCACGUCAUCCAGAAGGUCGGCACCCGGUCGAUUGCAGUCAGGUCGGAUAGGCGGGCUAGCUGGUCAUCACGAAGACAGCCAUAAACAGGCGGGACGUGGAAAAAAGAAACACGCACCACAGCGCGUGUGGUGUGCGUUUCCUUUUGUGCUCCAAGUUUUUAUAAUGGCCGAAUCGCAGGUGAAGCAAUGUCUUGCUGGCUGACGCGGUGCACGCAGUUGGUGAGAAUAAAAGCAGAGCUCUCCCAAUAAACUCAUGCGGACCCCAUAGCGUGUGGAAUCGACGCGGAGCACUAUUAAGGACUGCGCUAUUGCAUACGCGCUUCUAGUUGCCUUCAGUUAGGCCUGUUGUUUCUUCUGCUUGCACUGCUCGGCGUCUCGCGAGUAGCUCGUCCUCGCCGAACCCACCAUCGCGCCGCCUG